AUGCGGCCCCUGCUCUGCGCGCUGGCCGGGCUUGCCCUGCUCCGCGCCUCGGGUGCCUUCACCGCAGCUGAACCCUUCAUCCCCUCCCAAGGAGACCCAGCUCGGACUGCAGGGUGUGACAGACACAUGGAUGUCCAUGGCCGGUUAGACGUCAUAGAGGAGACAGUGGAGAAGACGGUGGAGCACCUGGAGGCAGAAGUGAAAGGCUUGCUGGCUCAGCUGGAGGAGCUGGCCUGGAAUCUGACACCGGGCCCCUUCAGCCUGAUCCCCGACCUCCUCGCAGAGGAGACGAUCGCCUUUGAGCACCAGAGCAGGAGCCACCCAACAGCUGGCAGUGAUACAACAGCUCUCCUCUGA